AUGCAUAUUUUGCAAUUUUACAUUUUAAACUUUCUACCUCCUGUCGCCGUACCUCAUCCAGCUGUAGCUCUUAAGGUCUUGUAUGACCUAAAUGAUGAUGAUACCUGUACAAUGGCUAGACGGGGCUCUGGCUCUGCGUGUCGCAGUAUGUUCGGUGGUUGUGUUCGCUGGUCACCUCAGCCAUCUGCAAGCACAUCUAUUCGUAGCCUCCCUGCCGUAUCGAAUCAUCGUUCCAUAGUAGAACAGCUUUUUCCCGAGACCCAUUGGCCGGAGCUAAGGAUAAUUAUUUGUGUAACGGAUCGCCGUAACAAGAUGAUGCCUUCAACUUAUGGAAUGAAACAAACAGUAGCCACUAGCUUUUUGUACAAUUCGGGCCGUGCUAUUUGCGCUGAAGCCAGAGCCACUAAGGUUGAGCACGCACUGAAAGAACGUGACUUUCAUAGUCUAGCCAAGUUGGUGAUGCGUGACAGUAAUCAGCUUGCUGCACUCUGCAUGGAUACUUGGCCACCAUGUCUUUAUUUGAGUCCGGCAAGCUUCGAUUUCAUCCGUUGGGUCCACGCUGUGAAUACAAAUUUGGGCAGAACAGCGGUAAUCCACACAUUUUAG